UAGAUUCCGCAGAGCAGAGAGUAUUCCGAAGACUGAACAUUGUAGCGCUGCUGGUCUGUGCAACGGUUGGCUGUUAAUAGAGAGAAAGUAAUGGCUUCCGCAGGUCUCCAGAUGUUGGGUAUAUCGCUUGCAAUCAUCGGUUGGAUUGGCGACAUCGUCAUCUGCGCGCUUCCUAUGUGGAAAGUGACGGCUUUCGUCGGCAAUAACAUCGUGACUGCGCAGACCUUCUGGGAAGGCCUUUGGAUGAACUGCGUGCAACAGAGCACAGGCCAGAUGCAAUGUAAGAUUUAUGACUCCAUGCUGGCUCUCCCCCAGGACUUGCAGGCCGCAAGAGCUCUGGUUAUUAUCUCCAUCCUUGUGGCUGUUCUCGGUAUCCUGAUUUCCAUGGCUGGGGCAAAAUGCACUAACUGCAUAGAGGAUGAAGCGGCUAAGUCUAAGGUGGCCAUAACAUCCGGCGUGUUUUUCCUUGUUGCUGGGGUUCUCUGCCUGAUCCCAGUGUCCUGGUCUGCAAAUACCGUCAUCAGGGAUUUCUACAACCCGCUGCUUAUAGAUGCUCAGAGGAGAGAGUUGGGGGCGUCGCUCUUCAUCGGUUGGGGUUCUGCGGGUUUGAUUAUCCUCGGCGGCGCUCUGAUCUGCUGCCAGUGCCCCCAACGCAAGGAGAGUGGGUACUCUGCCAAAUAUUACGCCCCUCGCUCGGCCGCAAGUGGGGGAGCCUACGUCUGAUAACAGACUUUUUGAUGCAGUGAAUCUGUGCUUUGGACUAUAGCAUGUCGAUUUCAAAUCUUAGUUUUAAUUUAUUUUACAGAUUGGGGAAACGUCUAACGCUUUUUGCAUGAAUAUGAAUUGAUGUAAUGUUGAACUGUUGAAAUAAAUUUAGAAAUUCCUAAA